UACAGAUUUUUAAUAUUUUGAAAUAGUUUUAGCGAAAAAUUUACAUCGACUAAAGGACUAUCGUAAAUGAAGUGAAAACGUAUGUAAACAUGUAUAUAGUUGCAAAUAAUCUGUGAAAAGAGUGCAAUAUAAAUAGUAUAAAUUGUAGCAUUGAAGAUGUUGCCAAAAUUCGUGUUUGCGUAUUUUGACCUCUUGUAUUGCAUUAAAAUUCUCAGUGCGACACUGCGCAGACCUUAUUUUGACGUUUCUAGACUAUCGUAAAAGUAUUAAACGUUAAUAAUUUUAGAAGCGUUUUUGUGAUAAGUUUGCCAAUAGGUUUCAUUUAUGAAGCAAUUCAUAAUAGUUUUGCCAUUGACCUUGAGUGUUGGUGAAAUCUAUAAAUAUUUUGUACAUUUCUUUUAACGAAAAUAAAACAUUCACAUUCUCAUGUAUCUAAGAGACUGGUGAUCGACGAAAAUAAACAGAAUGUGACUUGUAACAAAUAAAAAAAUAUUUUCAUUUAAAUAAAUUACAAAAAAUAUAAAAAAAAAAUAAUAAUUCGUUGCAUAGAAAAAAAAUUACUUAGGACCUACUUCAAAGAUACAGUAUGAUUUUAGUGAAAAAUAUACAUACAAUGGCCUCAUUUGCGGCUCAAGCCGCUCUCCGGUCCAGAUGGAGUUCGUUAAUAGAAUCAACGAGUGUCGAUGUGCCAGGAGAAGUCACAGACGGCGUUCGUUCCGUCGUCGGAUGGCUGAAACAGGCGUCGCUCGAAGUGAGGCAGGUGGGGCGAAGGGCUGUCAGUCAGCUCGCUGGUAAAGGGAUGGACGAUGACGUAUUAAUCGUACACUUCAAUGAUGUUUAUAACAUUGAACAAACUACAAACACAGAGCCAGUGGGAGGUGCGCUAAGGUUCAGCACAGCGGUGAAAGCGCUGCAACAUCUCAAUCCAUUAGUUUUAUUUAGUGGAGAUGCGUUUUCACCAAGCAUGUUGAGCACGUUCACAAAAGGCGAACAAAUGGUUCCUGUUUUGAACGAAAUCGGUACACAUUGUGCAGUUUUCGGGAAUCAUGACUUUGAUUUCGGCCUAGACGUCCUGUCAAACUUGGUGGCUCAGUGCAACUUUCCAUGGCUUAUGUCGAACGUGAUAGACAACGAAACUGGGAGACCUCUGGGCGACGGUAAAAUAACGCACGCGUUGCUUUGCAACGGACACAAGAUUGGAUUGAUUGGUUUAGUCGAACAGGAAUGGUUGGAUACUUUAGCAACUAUUAAUCCCGAAGAGGUCACAUUCAUAGAUUUCCUUCAAGCGGGAACGAAACUAGCGUCGCAGUUGAAACAGGAGGGUUGUGAAUACGUAAUAGCACUGACACACAUGCGUACUCCGAAUGAUAUAAAAUUAGCUGAAGGUGACACAGACAUUGACCUUAUUUUGGGUGGCCACGAUCACGUGUAUGAGGUUUUGGAGAUAAACAACAAAUAUAUAGUGAAAAGCGGUACGGACUUCCGUCAGUUCAGUAAAAUUUGUAUCAACUUCGGUGCGGAGGGUCCUCGGGUCGAUAUUACCGAUGUUAAUGUGACAAGUUCGGUUGCCGAAGAUCCGGUUUUGAAGGCGAAGGUUGAGAAAUAUUCUUCUAUGAUAGAAGGUAAAAUGGACGAAGUCCUUGGCAAGUUCUGCGUGCCUCUAGAAGGAAGGUUCUCUGUAGUACGGCGUCAAGAAUGUAACCUCGGUAACUGGGUCUGUGAUGUGCUCCUGGCUGCGACUGGAGCUGAUCUUCUGAUCCUCAAUUCUGGCACUUUUCGAUCUGAUCAGGUGCACCCAGCAGGCGAUUUCACCCUCCGUGACCUGUCCACCAUCAUUCCCAUGAGGGACCCCCUUGUAGUGGUUGAGGCUUCGGGGGAAACGGUACUAAAGGUGCUGGAGAACUCAGUCUCCAAAUACCCUAGCUUGGAGGGACGGUUUCCUCAGGUGGCAGGUAUAUCAUUCGCCUUCGAUCCAACAAAACCGCCAGGCGAAAGAGUCGCAGAACAGGUAGUGAAGAUAGGUGACGAGUACCUGCAACGGGAACAGAAAUACCGGCUAGGUAUCAAACAAUACCUGCACUCCGGUAACGAUGGGUUUACUAUGCUGCGUGACUGCCCUGUAUUGGUAUCAGAAGACAUGUGUCCCGAAAUAGGGAUGGCCAUACAGAACCAUUUCGCAGCGAUUAAUGUCAGAACAGGAAAGUCUAGACCGUCUAAACAUAGGCAGUCUUUGGUCACGUUGAGUCGGAGACACAGUCUGGUUAAAAUGUUGGAUGGAAGCGAGUUAGACGGUCCGCCGCCUUUACGCAGAGCUUCAUCAACCGUAGUCGAACCCACUUCACAUUCUACACAUCACAGAUUAACAAGACGCGCGUCACUCGAUGAUUUAGAACAAAACGCGUGUGAACUCGCACCUAAGAUCGAAAACCGGAUAGUUAUACUCGAUAAACCAGAGAAACUUCAAGAAUUAUUAGCGGAAAGGGCGCGAUGGGAAUCUGACUCCGUGAUAAAGGAGGUGGAUGAAAAUUCACCAUAAUGAGUUUUCCAUAAAAUUGUAUUAUUAUUGAAAUAUAAUUUGACACUCAAAAAUUGAACCUAUGGCAGCAAAAAAUUAAAAAUGUUAUAGUGA